AUGAAUCCAAAUCUAACAACAUACGAACUCCAUCUCUUUCAGUGCUAUUACUAUCUUGGGAUAUACUGCGCACACCCACAUAUCGCCUACUCGUCGUUGCGCCGCCGCCUCCGCCGCUCAUCGGACUGCUACUCCGCAAUCCGUGAUGACAACGUCUUCGUCAACAUCCACAAAUCCAGCCUCGUCGAUGACUUAGACUCCACUAAUGACACAUUCGACAAAGGUUGCGGACCCAUUCGGUAUCUGACCCCGCGUAAUUAUAGAUCCUGAAAUCUCGUUUUUUCUUUCCGUGGCUGGUCGUGCGUUCGUUCGUUCGUUACCGAGUAUGUACACGGGGUCGAUACGAUAAGCGUCAUGUCUCUCCUUACGACCCUUGGGAAAAACAAGUGCUGCAUUGCACAGUAUGUACCUUGAGCAAACUGGGUAAAACGAUCGCGCCCAUCCCUCCGACCCAGCCAACCAACCAACCAACUCUCCUCCCCGAAUCUACCCCGUCCCCAUCUCAAUCAUCAUCUACUUUCGUGCGCGCUAGCCUCAUUCACGCACGUUUCCUUUACUAUGCUAAUAAACCCGCUUCUCAAUUCCAUAUCAUCAUCCUUUUAAUGGCGCCUUGCCGAUCGCCGCCGAGUACACCCCGUAAACACAGUACACGGCUCUGCUCUGCCCUCGUACACGCUCACCUAGUCUCGAGAGCGCGCGUGAACGCUAGCCCCGUUCCCGCCCCGGUUGGCC